AUGACUUCUAACAUUGCUGAAUCUCUAAACGCAGCAAACUUAGCAGCUAGAGAACUAAGAGCUUUGAUACAACAAUGGACAUACACAAACAGGAAAAAAGCAUCGAAAACCACAACAUUUUUUACACCUACAGCAGAGAAAAAGCUAGUAAACAACUUUGUGGACUCAUUGACAAAAAAUGUAAAGCCAAUAAACGAGAGCAUGUUCGAAGUGGUAGAACUAACAAGAUCAUGGGUGAUCAAUUUAAAGGAGAAAAUAUGCAGUUGCAACAGAUUCCAAAUUGACGAAUUACCGUGUGCUCAUGCGCUUGUUGUGAUAAAAGAGAUGAACUUAAAUGUUUACAACUAA